CCCCCCCUUUCUUCACGCCUCAGUGACUGCCUUGCCAUUCCCACACCCCGCGACGCGCGACUUGUGCCCCACGACCGUUACAGGGGGAAUCGUUCGGCUCAUCGAGUACGCGUCUCGAUGGGGCGGAAAGGCGAAGGACAAUGUCAAGCAUCUCCGACGCUCUCCACGCUUUCCAAUCAGAAGCAAAACCCUAUCCAAACGCUACUUCGCUUCUACUGCUACUCAUCCCCGCCCUCGUGCUGACGGGUAUGAUCAGCCUACCCUUACCUUUUGGUCGCUCGCAUUGGAGCGCGAAAGGCAAGCAUGCUUUCAUAACGGGCGGAUCUUCAGGAUUAGGAUUGGCGCUUGCCGAGUUGAUCGUCGAGAGAGGUGGAAGCGUGACGCUGGUAGCGCGCGACGAGUCUCGUCUGAGCUCUGCCAAGCAGCAGGUGGAGCGUCUUUUGAGCGUGCGCGCUGGCCCCAACAAAGGCAGCAGCACAAUGACGGACUACGAACAAUUUGUGCAGGCUAUCAGCGCGGACGUCUCAUCCUUUGAAGCGGCCAGAAGGGCGGUACAGCAAGCUUCCACCUCCACCUGUCAACCCGACAUCUUUUUCUGCUGUGCAGGAGCAGCUACGCCGGGGUUCUUUGUCGCUCAAUCCGAAGAGACUUUGCGUCGAGGCAUGAACACGGAUUACUGGACCAGCGCGAGCAUGGCCCACGCAGCGCUUCGCAGUUUUAUUUCCAGCGGCAAAAAGGGCGGCAAAAUCGUCUUCGUAUCUUCCAUCUUGGGAAUGUUUGGCAUGGUUGGCUAUGCCGAGUAUGCGCCUGCAAAGGCUGCCAUAUGCUCCUUGGCCGACACGCUCCGAAGCGAAGCUUUGCUGUACGAUACGCAAGUGCAUUGUUACCUGCCCGGCACCAUACUCAGUCCCGGCUUGGAGAGGGAGAACAGGACAAAACCGAACAUCACGCUCAAGCUGGAAGGUACUGGAUCAGGUCUGACCCCAAGACAAUGCGCGCAAGGUCUGCUCAAAGGUCUAUCGCGCAACCAGUUCAACAUCACCACCGACUUCCUCACCGAGCUGGUGCGCAGCGCACAUUUGCAAAACUCGCCAGGCAACGGUUGGAUUUUGGACGGGUUCAAAUGCGCGCUCGCUAGGAUUGUACAGCCCCUGUGGAGAUGGAUCGAGAAUGACAGGGCCAUCCAAAAGGAGAAGAAGAUGCACUUGGCGGAACUGCAAAAGACGGGAGUAAAGGUUGCUGGCGCGCCAGUAUUGGCAUCGGCACCGCCUCGAAGCGAAUGAUGUUCUGAUGAUUCAAGAGGGUCACGUUUGAUGUUGUCCCCGAGCACGAGAAGCAGCAUCAGCAUCGCAAUGUCAUUGAGAUGGAGCAGAAGAGACUCUGACUGGGCACGUCGAAACGUUGACGAGUGAGUGCACAAUCAAGCUAUGCGCAAGGGACCUCGAGCCAGGUGACACAGACAGCCGAUUCGAUGCUGUGCCUGUGGCGUGAGCAGGGGCCUAUGUGUUGCACGUGGCAAGUCUCUCAAAGGCAGUGCAGAUGAAGUACCUGGAAAGGUGCAACCCAGUAUUUAAGCUGGAGGGAGCUCGAAGGGACGAAUGUGAAGUCGCACUAGACCAAGUCUGUAUCGAUGCCACGAAAUCAUGGGCCCUCACCAUU